GCGUGGAAGCGGAGUACCGGUGACCCGCGCCUCUCCGAGCGGAUGGUUCGGCCCCGAGCGGCCGCCUGGAGCUGAGGGCCAAGCAGGAGAGAGACUGAUGGAAGCGCCCGGACCUCUCCCGGUUACAUAACUGAGCUCAUCGAUUGCACAAAACCAGGGAUGACGGACUGUUGGCCCCGGCCGGACAGGUCGGAGUUCAACCCCUCUCUCCGCCCCCGCAAGGAGCUCAUGAGCUGAGGAAGAAAUCAGCUCGUCUUCACUCCAGCUGUGUUGGCUGCAGGAUUCAGUCUGAGGUCAUUUAGUUUGCAGCGACGUCAGCGCACAGCACCAUGAACGUGGGCACGGCGCACAGCGAGGUGAACCCCAACACCCGGGUGAUGAACAGCAGGGGGAUCUGGCUGUCUUACAUCCUGGGCAUCGGCUUGCUUCACAUCAUCCUGCUCAGCAUCCCCUUCGUUAGCGUCCCCGUCGUCUGGACCCUCACCAACCUCAUCCACAACCUGUGCAUGUACCUCCUGCUUCACACGGUCAAAGGGACGCCCUUCGAGACCCCAGAUCAGGGCAAGGCUCGCCUCCUGACCCACUGGGAGCAGAUGGACUACGGCGUGCAGUUCACCGCGUCGCGCAAGUUCCUCACAAUCACGCCCAUUGUCCUGUACAUAUUAACCAGCUUCUACACCAAGUACGACAGAGGCCAUUUUGUGGUCAACACGGUGUCCCUGCUCACCGUGCUCAUUCCCAAACUGCCGCAGCUGCACGGCGUUCGUAUCUUUGGGAUUAACAAGUACUGACAGCCUGGAAGAAGAAGAAGAGGAGGUUUAACGUCCCCCGGGGACUGCUGAAGAGCACACAGCGCGUUGGUCUCUGAUGAGGACCUCUGGCAACCUUAUUCUACCAGAGAGCUCCUCAAAGGAAGCCUGCUGAGGAUGCUGCCAUGGCACCCAAUCAGAAAGCCUCCGAGGAGAGAGAGAGAGCACAGGAGGAGCGUGUCGCGUUGCAACAAGCUGUGGUUUAUCCUCUCGCUUUACAGACACUUUAAAUCGCAGUUAAAGAUGAAGCUUCUGACAUUUCUGAAGACGGUGCGCAAAAAAACAAAAAACAGUGCCAUUUCAGUCGGUUGGCACAACGAGGGAGUUUUGUUUUUUUCUUUUUUUAAGUCUAUUUUUGUGAAAUGAUACAGUGUUUUAUUUAUUCAGCCUUGCGCCAUUCGGCAACUUCGUCCCCCCAUGAGGUUUGUGGCUUCAGCGGAGAGCAACAAUACCGACAUGGCCGGGGCACUGGCGAAGGGCUGCAGAGGCGAGACACAAGAAACCGCCGAGUUUUAUAUUUGGCUCCUCUCUGCUCUGCUGUGCUCGGGGUCAAGACUGGGUCGCUGAGGAGCCCUUAUUUUUAUCUGGCCUUUUCCAUAUUUGGAGAACUCUUGUCCUGGUUUCCCCCCGUACGGAAAGCCCUCUGGGCACAGUACGCUUGAGCAAUCCUGAACAGAUCAACAGGCCCGCAAUCUCAUUUAAGAGAUAAGAUUUCGGUUCCUGAAAUACCAACGAGGGGACGCAGUUAUCCCGUAGAGCUGCUUGGGAUCUGUCCUUUCAGCUGAUUCCUGGUGACGAAUCACAGACUUCUGAUUAUUUGCAGCAUAAUGUAAUCGGCUUACAAAAGGCCAAACAUUAUUGAAGAUGUUUUGCUUAUUUACUUCAGAGAUGCGCAGACUGAAAUUCAAGACAUAUGAUGUUUUUUUUUGUUGUUUUUUUUUGGUCAAACCCGACCAUCAACCAUUUUUGACGUGAUUCCUUUGACUGGAAAGUGAAGUGGUUCUUCACCCCCUGCUAGCAGCGUUAAAAAGAAAUGUUUCUGUAAAUUCAUCUUUUAUUGUAGCAGCAUAAUGUCACUGAGCAAAUGUAAAAUAUCCUAGCUUUAAUUUAUUAUAUAUUGGUUGGUAUAUAUUCAUGUUGAGAAGAAAUUGUUUGUAAUAAAAUCACAGGUGCCUCGAUCUUUGGCACCACUGCUGUCAAGGAAAGUGAAAAGAACGAAUAAAAGGAUUUCUUACUAAAAUAUUAA